AUUUUUAAGGAAUCCAAUAGAUGGCGUGCAAAUUUCUCGAAUAUCUUCUCUCUGUCUAGAUUUCCACCUCUCCCUUUCCCUAUUAAGAAAUAGGAAAGAUUCUAUUUCUUUUUACAUUCUGAGUAUUACAUUUAACAUUUUACCCAAAAGUAACUGAAAAUAACAAAAAUAGAGAAAGAGAGAGAAAGAGUUUUCCUAGCUAAUGAUUAUUGAUAAGAUAACUACAAGUUUUAGAGAAUAUUUGAUGGAAUUAGUGUCGAUGGGAAAUAUCCUAAAGCUAAUGGAGUUGUAGAUAAUUACGCAAAAAGGAGGGGAACGAGAGAGAGACAUAGUAUGUGUGUGUUUUGAGAGUAUUUAGUUUUUUUUUACAAGCUUUCUAUAUUCCUUACGAUAAACAUUUAAAGCCAUCGGGAGAGAAGAAAGAGAAGCAGCGGCCCGAUCAGCACGAGAGACCGUUCAAGCAGAUGGACGCUGUCCCCAGAGGCGCACUGCUGUCCUGCAAACUACCUAACUUAAUUCUGACUCUGACGCACCGCGCUGCAAAGGCCCAACGUCGCUACACUGCAAAACAGCAAUGAACCUGCUUUCGAUCACAUCCAUUUUUCUCGCUAUUAGUACAGUUCCAACAUGGCAAAAGUGUUCAUUCCCUUCCUACAUAAGACAAAAACGGAAAGAGGGCGGUUGGUCUGGGUGGACUUUCGAGACAAUGUACGGAAAUUUUUCUAGACACUGGAUAGAAAGAAAAGAAGUACAGGCAACUAGGCCUGAUGAGUUGACUUUUACGCUGAGAAGUCAAAGCAACUCAUAUUGCCGAAGGGGAGAUUCCUGCUUUAAAACGACUUUAUUAUAUAAAUGGGAAUGUUUGGACGCUCGACCCCACCAUCUAUUUGUUAUUAAAGAGAUCAGAUCAAAUUCGAUCACACUCGUUUGUGCCAGACUUCGGCCUCUAGAUGGUAGAAACAUAAUCAAAGUCAGUUCAGCUGAAAUAACCUAUUCAACCAUGAAGAUCUGCAACAGUGACGUAGAUUUAUCGCAUCAUGGAUGGCCGUGGAUUGCUGCUCCUCAAAGGACUUGGGUACCUUGUCCAAAACUUGGAGGCUUCUUAUUCCAUCAGUUCCAUAAUAAUGCUAAUAAGCCCACUUGCUCCUACGCUUGGAAGACAUCAAGAAUGGAGAGCGAAUGCGUAACGACAGAAGGUUUACUUAUGUUCUUUCCGACACCAAGUUGUAAUCCUUUUUCGGAUCACAAGGAAAAAUUUGCGAGGUUUCAAUGCUGGGGAAAUUGGACUCAUAAAAAGAACUCAUUUGUAAUCUUAGGAUAUGAUUUUGAUCCAGCUCAUUAUGUUCUAAAAUUACCACGCCAUCUACCAACUUCUGAAAAUGAAAUUGCGUCAGCAACCAUGUAUAACAGGGUUAAUUUGAAGAUAAGCAGCGACGGACAAUGGAACGGUUCCACUCUACAAUUUCAAUUAACGAGGAGUCAGAGCGGAACAUGCAUCGAUGAGAAUAUCGGUUGUGACAAAGUAGUGGCUAGAAAAAAGUGUCAUCAUAGGAAAUACAAAUCAUACUGCAAGAAAUCUUGCAACUUAUGUCAUUUAGCACCUUCUGAGGAACCCGAAUGCGAAAUACCUGAAUAUCUUCGAGGCUCAUGGACUUGGUACGAAUCCAAUUUCUACGAUAAUGUUCAAAUAAGGAGGAAUGAAGUAAUUUUCCGCCUCUUUGGCAAAUUCGUCUGCAAGUCUAUAAACGAGGAGAAACGCAGUUUCUUAUUGAUCACCACUUCAAGGAACGGAUGCUUACCAAGGCUUAUUUGCUUAAACAUCAAGAAAUUGGAUUACGAAGUCCUGUUAUUGAAAAUAUCCCAUACUACCUUAGAUCCUGACAGUAGUUUUGAAAGAUUAUGUGAUUUUAGAGAAGAUCGACAACCUAUUGGAUCUACCAUACAUUCAAGUGGUUAUAAAAUUCUUCUUCCCGAGAACAAGGGAUGGUUCAAUAAUUGUGGUUUAGAUGGUUCGAUAAGUGCUAAUUUUAAUCUAGCUAAAGGAGGAGUAACAUGUGAUGGAACUCUUUCGGAUUGGAAUAGGAGAAGCUGUGGUUCUUCAGAUACUUUAAACACUCAAACCAAAUCGUGCUCAGACUACUCUAAACAUAAUUACUAUUACAAGUGCGAAGCUUUCUAUAAAAUAAAUUCGGAUCAAAGCUACUUGAUUACUAGUUAUGGACGACACGAACCUUACAAGUACAAUUGUUGGGUUAUUGAUUCGAUUGUUCAUAGCGCCCCUUACCCUACUUGGAUUCAAGCUGCCCGAAUGAGAGACGCUCAAUGUAGCUUAAGUUCUGCCAGACAAUUAGUCGAUACAACUGAAGUCGAUAUAACUGUCCAAAUGCAUAAAGAUCACAGAGAAAAGGUUUGCGAGGGUCCUGCUCCCAUUUUACCAAAUACUACACGAAAGAACAUAAAAAUUUUCCCUAAAGGUACAAGAGACGAUUCGUACCAGCCUCCCAAAAGGGAAAAUGGUCCAACAACCUACGAGGAAUCUAAAGAAAUCCUUAAUUCUUCUAGAGUUAUUAGUUUAGACAUUUUUCAUCUAUUAGCUGUAACAAUACCUGUAAUUCUCCUGCAAUACGACAGAUAACUAUUACAUUGUUAUUAUUCUUUUUACAUUUGGUGAUACUUUUAAGUUCUUGAGCGAGCUUCGCUUAUCUUAUGCAAAAGAUUUUUAGCCUAUUUAAAAUAGGUAAAAUUAGUUUAUUAUUUAUAAAUGGUUGUAUCAUAAUGCGCCGGUGUUCAAACUUAGAGAAUAAAAAUUCGAAUUAUCCAUAUUCAUCUUUAAAUUUUUACUGUCUUUACCUUACUUUUGUAAAUAGAACUAUUCAAAGAGAGAUUUUACAACUCUA